AUGCAGGACCUAAGCCGCGCGGCCGCCACCGCGCUGUGCAGCGGCAUGAGCGUCUCCAGCCCCGCCGACGCCGCGGCCGCCGACCUGCACCGAAACCAAACCGCCGACGUGAGCGGAUGCGCCGAAUCCCAGACGGACCAAUCGCCAGGGAAUCGGUUGGCUACCUGCGGAGGAUUCGGGCGGACCGGGCAGCGGAAGGCGAGGCAAGAGAAGGCAAUGGCGCGCUGA